AUAAUUUUCUUUUGGGGUUUAUGUCAGCAAAGGGUGAAUUCAAGUUCUUUCAUAUAAUUCUUUUGGUUGUUGUUUUUUUUUGGUCUCAAUGACUUAGAAGUGGGGACAGAAUGCUCUAUGCAUUUUGAAAAAUAAAUGUUAAGUGUCUAGCAUCCCAGAAAUUUGUUUUCUUUAUUUUUUUAUUUCAUUAUUCAUCAAGGAUAAGUUGAAUUUAGAUCUUAUAAAGGGAUGACAUCCAACUUUCUUUAUAACACAUUUAGGCUCAAUAGUUUUUGGAAGUUACAUUCUCAAAAUUCAGCUGAAAUGUUAUUAAUAACAUAUAAACAUAUUGCAUCUUCUUUUACUGUUAAUUUUGACCUGAAGUGAUGCUUUCCGUAAAUGGAAUUCAGCUUUGACUUAAAUCUUUUUGUAACUUCUUUAGUUUCAGAAACUUCAGAUAAUUUGACCUAAUAAAUAAUGAGUUUUGGCCUAGCAAUGGCUACUUUAGUCAUUGACUUCAGCUAAUGCUAACUGGUUUUGUUAGAAACAUGGAAAAGUAAAUGAGGAUACUCUAUAUAAUUUUUAUUAUUGACGUUUUGGGAAUGAAUGUGCUGAUGGUGAUACUUUGAGCAUUAUGAAACAUCAUGCAUUAUUGUACUUGAUUUUUACAAUUUCUAAGUGAACUCAUGCUAAGACUACCACUUAUUCUGUUUAUGCUACAAUAUUGAAUCUUAGUACUGACAGAUAUCUCUUAUCAAAUGCUUUUUCACUAUUCUGAAAUUUCAAAUUGCAUUACAGCCAUGUUUGUGUCAAGAAUGACUAGGAUAUUAUAACUUUUAAAUGUAUGGCAAUCUGCCAAAACAGAUUUUAGAUGUACUGAAGUCAUUUAAUUUAGCUUAGAAUGUGGUACAAGCUUUCAUAAGUUAAACUGUAAAGUUUGAUUGGCUGAUUAAUGAUAUGAAUCAUUACGAGUAGCUUACACAAGAACACAUUUUAAUUCUCUUAUUGCAAUAGUCUUUAUAUCUCAUUAUGUACGGAUGGAUGUUUCUAGUAGUUCAAGUUUCUUCUUGUUUUUUAUAUUUGUUAUCAAAUUACAUGUGUUUUGGGCAGCAUUUUCAAAAGCGCUAGGCGCCAAGGCACCAAAAUGUUUGAGGAACUAGGUGCCCACCCGAGCGAAGCGAGAGAUAUACAGGAUCCAGAACACCCAUAUACACUGGAAGAGUUGAAGGUGGUAACAGAAGAUUCAAUUGAAGUGAAUGAUAAACAAAGUCAUGUUAGUGUUACUUUUACACCAACGGUUGAGCAUUGCAGUUUGGCAACUACUAUUGGACUUUGCCUUCGUGUUAAACUUAUGCGUAGUCUCCCUUCUCGUUACAAGGUGGACAUAAGGGUGGCACCUGGGACUCAUGCAACUGAAGCUGCUGUGAAUAAGCAGUUAAAUGACAAAGAACGGGUAGUAGCAGCUCUGGAGAAUCCUAAUCUAAUGUACAUGAUCGACAGGUGCUUAGAACCAACCUUUUAUUAUUGAUCUUGGUUGGGACCUCCUCCCAGAAUUAUAGAGACCACUGUUUGUAUGUUUCUCCUGCCUUCUAUCCCACCACUUUAUCUUACUGCUGUUUUGAAUAUUUCAAGGAUCUCACUUGUAUAAUUGUAUUGAUUUUUGGGAACUAUGAUUAUUUCGGAACAUAAAAAUUCCUGUGAUCAAUAAAAGCAAAUAGUUUUGACA